GAUACCGCUGACUAGUAUUAUGGGCUCAGGAUUCAAGAUGGCGACCUUCGGAUGGAGUUAUAAGAGCAACGUUAGUGGAGCAAAGCCUCCCAAAGAACAACUGAGAAAACUUGAGGAAUGGCAGAAAGAGAGGCCUGUGUCUGGUGUGCCACUUCAUAGACAGACACACUCAACGGAGUCAAUUUACGCCGGCAUGAAACGGAAACGAUAUAACCCAAGGUCAAAAGUGUUUGUUGGAAAUCUAAACAGGGAUACCAAGCCAGUUACUCUUGCUGAAUAUUUCUCAGUAUUUGGUGAAAUUGAAGGGCUAAGGAUUAUCAAAGAUCACGAGACUGGCAUCUCACGUGGAUUUGCAUUUAUAACCUUCACAGAACCAGAGUCUGCGUCAAAGGCAAUAAGAUGGUGCAAACACCACCACCCGCAACUGGAUGGUAGACAAAUAACCAUAAGUGGAGCUGAGAGGAGACGUAAGGCUGAAAUUCCACGUAGUAAUAAAAGCCGUAGGACAGGCCAGACAUUAUAUUGGGAGUACAAAUGGCAUGACAAGCCUGAUGCUGAGGUUUUUGGUCCAUAUGAAACAAGUUUGAUGUUGGAGUGGUCAAAUGCUGGAUUUUUUAACAUCGGAUGCUGGGUUCGACAAGCUGAUCCUCACGUCGAGAAGUACUCGGAACACACGACAGAUUCCGAGCCAUCUGAGGAAAAUGCCGAAGUUGUGCCGGCAAUCACCGCCGAGUCGUCUACAAUCAGCCAAAGUCUUGUAGUAUCAUACUUGUCUUCCGAGGAGGAGGACGGAGAAAUAGAAUCAGAAGAUAAUUCACUUAACAAUAGUCAUAGUGAAAACGAUUCGAAGAAUCGCGUGUCGGAGAAGAAAUAUGAAGAGAAGACUGGAGAGAAUCUUGUUACUGAAACAUAUCAAGAACAGAAGUCUUAUCAAAAUAGUGAUUACGAAAGACAAAAAUCAGACAGAGAAAGAACAGAGGCUGAAUCAUCUCAAAUUACUUCACGGAAUACGGAUGAAAGUAAAGAAACGUUUGCGGGAUCAUCGAGGUUACCAUAUGACUUAUCCCAUAGCACCGCGGGCUCAGCGGGUUUAUAUGCAUACGCAUGCGCGGAUCCCGUAGAUGACAAUGGCUAUAAGGCACAUGACUUACUCGGGAGAGAUUCUAGCUCAGACGAAGACGAGGGUUUUUACGCUGAGGAUAGUAGGCCAUUGGUCGCGAAUGAGUUUGUGCACGUGCAUGAAGUAGACUUCUCUAUUUUCCCAUAAAAUGAGUCGGGUAUUAAGCUUUAGUCUAGUCACGACUGUGUACGGAGACGAAGCUAUUCGUGUCACGCAACGAACUUUCCUUACGACCAAAAUUGAGCAAACACCAGACCAUAAGACUGAGCGU